AUGGAAACAAGAAAGCCUUUCCGACUGCUGACAUUGACCCUGUUUGUCGCUGUCCUUCUCGGUGUCAUCCUACCUGCGAAAUCGGAAGACGAAGACCACGAAAAAGAACCACCUAAUCAGGUUGAAGAACCCUAUCCGGACCAGCAGGGACCUGAGGAGAAACCGAAACAUCCAACUGAUCCGCCCAAUAAAGAAGAGCCGGGACCUGGGGAGCCAGAAGAAGAAGAAUAA